AUGGCAACUACGCUCCUCUCCCCCACCACAACAACCACAUCCGCUGAAGCCUUUCUCGCCCCUCUUCCCCAAGUCCGCCAAUUCCACCGCCAGCUAACUACCUCCAUCGAUGAAAAGAAUGCCCGUCUCCGCACCCUCGUUGGCGGCUCCUACCGCCAACUCCUCGGCACGGCAGAGACGAUCCUCGAAAUGCGACGCAAUAUAGAUAUCGUAGAGGAAAAACUAGGGCGCGUGGGGAAAGGAUGUGGGAGGUCUGUUGUAGGCAAGAUGGCAGAGGGAUUGGGUGGUUUGGAUGAGGAGAGUGGGAACAGAGAAAGGGUACGCUUGGAGUGGGCUGCGAGGAUGAAAGUUUUGGGUCAAUGUGGACUGGUUGUUGGACGGCUGAUUAAAAGGAAGAGUGAGGGGAGGAUGGAAAGGGGAGCGAGGUUGGUUAGUGCUGCGAAGAUUUUGGUGCUUAAUAGAUUGUUGGCUAAGAGUACGGGGGAUUUGGCGAAGGGGAGGAAGAGAGAGGAUAGGGAGGCUGUGGAGGAGGCGAGGAGGAAGUAUGGCGUUUCAAGGAGGAGGGUGUUGGGUGCUAUUGAGAAGAUGUUAGAAAGGACUGAUGGGGAGGAGUCGAGAGAGGAUCUGUUGCUGGCUCUUUCGGCCUACAGCCUGGCCACGGGUUCUGGGGCCAAAGAUGUACUAAGGUACUUUUUGAAGGUUAGGGGUGAGGCUUUGGAGCUUGCGUUUGAGGACGACGAGAAAGCUUCGGGGAUUGUCAAAGCACUCGAGCUUUACAGUAAGACGUUACCUGAUGUUCAAGCCGUGGUUAUAACACGACUGCCCCAGGCAUUGGCAGCUUUGAAGUCGAAGCCAUUGCUGAAAGACAAUCGCGUCAGAGAAAUCGAGGCUCUUCGACUUGAUGUUUGUGAAAAGUGGUUUGGGGAUGAUAUUUUGUUCUUUACUCCCUACAUCAGACAUGAUGACUUGAGCUCUCAACUGGCAGUGGACACACUCAAAAGCUGGGCGACGAAAGCAUCAGAAGUUUUGUUACAAGGAUUCGGCAAGUCUUUGCAAAAGAUUCAUGAAUUCAAAGCAGUCGUUGAUUUGAGAACGAAAGUUCUUCAAAUCUGGAUAAAAGAUGGUGGGAAAGCAAAACGUUUCGAUCCCUCGAUCGUUCUAGACGGCCUACGAAAAGUCAUCAACGACCGUAUGGUCCAAAUCCUCGAGUCUCGAAUCAAGAAACUCCAUCUAGUCGCCACAGAAGUCGAAGGAACAUUAGAAACCUGGCACGAAAGCAAGGACGUGGCCCAUGGAAGUCUUUGGGACGAAGAAAUGCUAGAAAUGGACGUCUCCAACGGCGCCUCUCUUUUCCGGGAAGCAAUCAUCGCCCAAGCCCACGGGCGAAAUGACGCCGUAUCACGAGUCUACAAAGGAUAUCAAACCUGGCGAAAACUAGUCGAUGAAAUCGUCGUAAUCAUCUCACAACUUAAAAAACAACGCUGGGACGAUGAUCUCGAGGAUAUCGAAGAUGAUGAUACUCUAGAAACUAGAAACCACCUCCUCAGUAUGGAGGACCCGAAUAUGCUCCAACAACACCUGAACACUGGUCUUGAAAAGGCCUACAAAGGUCUCCACGAAAAAUUAGGGACUCUCCUCAUAUCAUACGAAGACAAUGAUGAGAUAGGUCCUAUAUCAAUCUAUAUCAUCCGUCUUAUUCGGGAUCUUCGCUCGUCCCUUCCUCCGAACCAAAAUCUUCAGGCUUUUGGCCUGGCGCUUAUUCCUAUGCUACAUGAGAGGUUAGCGUCAACGGUUUCCGUCGAGCCAUUGAAGGUGUUUGAAAAAAGUCUUAGGAGGAAAAAGGUUGCGGGCAGAGCUUUGUGGGAAGGGAGCCAAGAGUUGCCUGUUCAGCCUUCGCCCGCUUCUUUCAAAUUGCUAAACAAUUUGACGCUGGCAAUGGCGGACGCUGGGAGUGAUUUGUGGUCGAAGACUGCGAUUGAAGUGCUGAAAGAGCAUGUUUGUGAGGAAUUGGAGGGUUCUUGGAGUGCGGGUUUAAAGAGAAGGAAGGAGGAGGCUGAGGCUUUGAUUGUUGCUACGACAUCCAAAUCAGAGCCAGAACCAGAACCAGAACCCGAGUCCGAAGCUGAAGUCAAGAAAGAAGAAAAAGAAGUCGAAAAGGAGGGUGAUGAUCAACCAACAUCCCCAAUAUCCCCAACAUCCCCAAAAUCCCAAGACCCAAAGUCCCCCUCUCCAGCCCAACAAACCGCAUCACCUCUCCCACAAGCCCCAAACCCCCAAACUGAGAAAGACAUCCUUAUCCAAGCACUCUUCGAUACCCUCCUCCUUCAACAAGCCUUUGAAGUUCCAGAUUCCAUGUCCAAUGGGCUGACUACUCUCAGCGAGGAAAUCAGGAAGGAAAUAGAAGGGGGCAUCGAUGAUAGCUCUAAGAAGAGACUCGGUAACAGUGCGAGGGAGUACUGGAAGAGGACGGGUUUGUUGUUUGGACUUUUAGGGAGUGGGGUGUAG